AUGAAGUACGCGUUUUGUGUUCUCAUGAUUGUGGUUCUUGUUGAAGGACGGUAUUUUCAUCCAAGCAUCUCUACUGAAACUAAAUCUGAGGACCUGGACAUCUACCGCAAUAUGAAACCGAAUCGCUUCGUUCCUAUCAACAACGUGAUGUCUUUCAAGAUAUAUGAUCCGUGUACGAACGGCCUCAAACGGGAUGUAGUGGGCAUAUGUCGGGAAGUAUGGGAUUAG